AUGCGCGGCCGCCGACACUUCCGGGAGGCUGCGGGCGCGAGCCGCGGGUCGGGUGCUGGGCUGGUGCGGGGCCGUUCGCCGAGUCCUGGAGCGGACGUGCGGCCGUCGCCUCGCCACCCGUCAGCUCGGUCCUCCGGCCCCGACCCCACAACCCAGUCCCCGGACCUCACCCCAGUCCUCCGGCCCCGACCCCACGCCCCCAGUCCCCGGACCUCACCCCAGUCCUCCGGCCCCGACCCCACACCCCGAACCCCCGGACCUCACCCCAGUCCUCCGGCCCCCACGCCCCCAGUGCCUGGACCCCCAGUCCUCCAGCCCCGACCCCACACCCGAACCCCCGGACCUCACCCCAGUCCUCCGGCCCCGCCCCCACACCCCGAACCCCCGGACCUCACCCCAGUCCUCCGGCCCCGACCCCACAACCCAGUCCCCGGACCUCACCCCAGUCCUCCGGCCCCGACCCCACGCCCCCAGUCCCCGGACCUCACCCCAGUCCUCCGGCCCCCACGCCCCCAGUGCCUGGACCCCCAGUCCUCCAGCCCCGACCCCACGCCCCGAACCCCCGGACCUCACCCCAGUCCUCCGGCCCCGACCCCACGCCCCGAACCCCCGGACCUCACCCCAGUCCUCCGGCCCCCACCCCACGCCCCCAGUCCCCGGACCUCACCCCAGUCCUCCGGCCCCCACGCCCCCAGUGCCUGGACCCCCAGUCCUCCGGCCCCGACCCCACGCCCCCAGUCCCCGGACCUCACCCCAGUCCUCCGGUCCCCACGCCCCCAGUGCCUGGACCCCCAGUCCUCCAGCCCCGAACCCACACCCCCAGUCCCCGGACCUCACCCCAGUCCUCCGGACCCCACGCCCCCAGUGCCUGGACCCCCAGUCCUCCAGCCCCGACCCCACACCCCCAGUCCCCGGACCUCACCCCAGUCCUCCGGCCCCGACCCCACACCCCGAACCCCCGGACCUCACCCCAGUCCUCCGGCCCUGACCCCACACCCCGAACCCCCGGACCUCACCCCAGUCCUCCAGUCCUGGACCCCACACCCCAAACCCCCGGACCUCACCCCAGUCCUCCGGCCCCGACCCCACACCCCCAGUCCCCGGACCUCACCCCAGUCCUCCGGCCCCGACCCCACACCCCGAACCCCCGGACCUCACCCCAGUCCUCCGGCCCCCACGCCCCCAGUGCCUGGACCCCCAGUCCUCCAGCCCCGACCCCACACCCCGAACCCCCGGACCUCACCCCAGUCCUCCGGCCCCGACCCCACACCCCGAACCCCCGGACCUCACCCCAGUCCUCCAGCCCCGACCCCACACCCCCAGUCCCCGGACCUCACCCCAGUCCUCCAGCCCCGACCCCACACCCCCAGUCCCCGGACCUCACCCCAGUCCUCCGGCCCCGACCCCACACCCCGAACCCCCGGACCUCACCCCAGUCCUCCGGCCCCCACGCCCCCAGUGCCUGGACCCCCAGUCCUCCAGCCCCGACCCCACACCCCGAACCCCCGGACCUCACCCCAGUCCUCCGGCCCCGACCCCACACCCCGAACCCCCGGACCUCACCCCAGUCCUCCAGCCCCGACCCCACACCCCCAAUCCCCGUACCUCACCCCAGUUCUCCUGCCCCCACACCCCCAGUGCUCCGACCGCCAGUUCUCUGGCCCUGGACCCCACACCCCCAGUACCCGGACCCCCAGUCCUCCGGCCCCGCUCCCACACCCCCAGUCCUCCAGUCCUGGACCCCACUUCCCCAGUCCCCGGACCUCACCCCAGUCCUCCGGCCCCCACGCCCCCAGUGCAUGGACCCCCAGUCCUCCGGCCCCGACCCCACACCCCCAGUCCCCGGACCUCACCCCAGUCCUCCAGCCCCGACCCCACACCCCGAACCCCCGGACCUCACCCCAGUCCUCCGGCCCCCACGCCCCCAGUGCCUGGACCCCCAGUCCUCCAGCCCCGACCCCACACCCCCAGUCCCCAGACCUCACCCCAGUCCUCCGGCCCCCACGCCCCCAGUGCCUGGACCCCCAGUCCUCCGGCCCCGACCCCACACCCCCAGUCCCCGGACCUCACCCCAGUCCUCCAGCCCCGACCCCACACCCCGAACCCCCGGACCUCACCCCAGUCCUCCGGCCCCCACGCCCCCAGUGCCUGGACCCCCAGUCCUCCGGCCCCGACCCCACACCCCGAACCCCCGGACCUCACCCCAGUCCUCCGGCCCCCACGCCCCCAUGCUCCGACCGCCAGUUCUCUGGCCCUGGACCCCACACCCCCAGUACCUGGACCCCCAGUCCUCCAGCCCAGACCCCACACCCCGUCUUCUGGGUUCUUGCCCAGACCCCCAGUCCUCCGACCCCAGACCCCAUACUCCCAAUCCCCACACCCCCAGUCCUCUGCGUCCUCAGCCCUGGACCCCAGCCCCCAGACCCCUAG